CUUUAUACUGUAAUUUUUAUUUUGUCCACUAGGUGUCAGCCUUUAUUCGUAAUAGAAUGAAAGUUUUGUCGUUCAUAUUCAGCUUGUUUUGCAAUAUUUACUCGGCACGUUCCUACUUUCUUCCAGACCAGUCAUAGUAAUGGUUUUAGCUGAAACCGUUUUAACGCUAUUUAUCUGUUUCUGCUUUUGCAGCCAUUCGCUGAAAUAAAACGGAUAUAAAAAGGACAGUAACUUAAUAAGUUUAUGUGUUCAUAACAAGACAAUCUCACUUGUAAAUCCCCAAAAUAAAAAGCGACUUUCACAAUAAAACAUAACCUCGCAUCAACAUGACAGGUAUCAGUUCUACAUUUAUUAUUAAUUGCAUAAAGUACUUUCAGGUUAAUCCUAUGUACAAUUGUACUGUUUUAGUGUGGGACAACUCAUUUAAUAGCACUAAAAUGAGCCUAGCUCAGCUCUUAUUUUGACAGAAACCCGUAACCGGAAAUAUAUUUUCUUUUAUGAUUUUGGCAAAUUUGACGCUUCCUUUGCGUCUUUCCCCUUUCCCCCUUUUCCAUCAGUAGUACUAGGCAGCCACGGUGUAACGUAGUGUCUGUGGUAACGUACCUGUCAGCGGACGGAGUAUCGUUCCCAAAACAAACAGCUUGGAUACGUUUUCGUUCUCUGUCAGACUGCUACAGACCACAGUCUAGUUAGUCAUGGAUGUGAGCGGGACGACGCGGAGGGAAGAGGGGGAUUUAAAUUUAUCUUUUCGUCUCAGCAGCUUUUGAUUUCAAACGCCGCACCAGAGCAGGACCGGACUGCGAUAAAAGUUAUUUCUCUAUUUCCGGCCUUUACACAUCAUUGGGGCUCCGUUUGCGCGUCUGCGUUGAUACUCUUCUGGAAGUUUUGGCUCUUCCGAACAGCGGGAAAACGGCUCGCCGUGUCGGGACUGACUUCAGGAGUGGGUCCUGAAAAAUGGAGGCUGUUAUCGAGAAGGAAUGCAGCGCGCUCGGAGGACUCUUCCAGACAGUUAUCGGAGACAUGAAAAGCAGCUACCCUAUUUGGGAGGAUUUUAUCACCAAGGCAGGAAAGCUGCAGUCACAGCUUCGGGCAACAGCGGUGGCUGUGACUGCGUUCCUGGACGCGUUCCAGAAAGUGGCUGACCUGGCCACCAACUCUAAAGCUUCACCCAACUCCAGCCAUGGCUGCCCACAUUUCCUGUCUUCAGUCCAGUCCAGGCAGGCUCUGUGCCUCUCAGCUGCCGUUCACCUCUGAUCCCCUCUGAGUGUCUCACAGAUCAUUAUGGUCACAGACUGAUUUAGUUAGUGGGUCAAUUGCACAUCCAGGUGUACACUUGUACAUCAUGCGUGCAUUUGUGGUUAAUUAUUGAACAGAAAACUCAUAGAAAAUACACAAUAUAUUUAUAACAAUUAGCAACUGGUUAUUUAUACUGGAUCCAUGUUUUAAUGGUACUUUGUUCAUAGGUAUCCUCCUAUUGGUCAUGAUAUGUGGGUGUUUCAAAAUAUGUGUGGGAGAACAAAAUUAAAACUUUGGAAUCUCUCAGCUGAGCGGUGGCAUGCUUUAGAGAAAUAGGGAGUACGUAUUUUUGUGUUUGAAUUCCAGCAAACCCUCUGUACACUUGUGUACGCAUGGGUUUGUGGGUGUUAAUUCUGAUUGCGUUCUGUUUUUGUUUAAACACAAACCCGGUUAGGCAAGUAAGCUUUGGAACUGAGAUGUCUGAGGCGCAUGCAAAGCCAAAUUCAAAACACAUUUCUCUGGCAAAUGAACUUCAGUCUCUGAGCUGCUGAAUAGAAAGUCCUCACCAACAGAGAAACGCGUCAUUGGAAAGGGGUGCCUUGUUUGUGUUUUAUUAUUUUUUUCUAAAUGUUACACUGCAGACGUUGAAAAGUAGAAAAAUAACUGAGAUGAAGGAACAAAUGUAACUAAUCUAAGACUGGGUUCACGUCUGUAGAGGGUAAAUAUAGUUGCUUUUAAGCUUAAUAUAUUACCUUUACUUAUGACCAAUAAGAUGUGAUCUUCUAUAUAAAUAUAGACUAUCAACCUGCUUGGUCUUUGAAUGUUUAAUCAGAAGAUUCUAGGAUGCUUUGCUUUUUCAGGGAUCAAACACACUUCGUAUCAAUUCAGACAGAGUCAGGUUUAUAAAAGCAAGAAAUUUAUUUUCUAAACAAAUUAAAACGAGACAAGUUAAAUAGGACGACUGUGAUGGAUGAAUCUAAAUGGAUGGAAGGUGAGAUGUAUGGUGAUUGAAUGGUGUGUGUUCAUCAGAACCUUGCAUCUAGAAGAACUGAGUUCUGGGUGAAAAGAAUUUGGUCUGCAUUAAGCUAUGAAGUUGGUUCCUAUCAAAACGGCAUCAGACGCAAUCAUGCUGUGUUCUACGUACCCCUGAAGAGACUCCCUUUCGGAUCCGAGAUGUCGGGGGGUCGGCUGACCCCAAGGUACCGAAGUUCGUAGAAAAGACCGCAGUACGACCAGGUCGGUCCAGAGUCGUCUCCCGGAUCACAACAGAUAGAUGAAAUCGUUUGCGUCUAGAACAGCUGUUUCUGAAUAGCUGAAGGAACCGUUUGCUGUGUCAGCUGUAGAAAGCUUUUAGCUUGUCGAAAGCUUGCCAAGAGAUGCGAUGGUUAUAGAGUUUAUUAAAAAUGAAUCUUUUAAAUCUUGAAGUGUCCUUCGUCUUGCAGAUGGAACAGCAGUCAGAUAAAAGAUGGUUUACAGCAGACUUUGUGUCUCCUGUGAUGGAUACCGUAAAUCCUCUAAUACAGGCCGGUAUUCAAUUAAAGGCCGGGUCUCCAAUUUUGGCCGGUGUCGGAGUCAGCGGAGGUAAAUAAUGGCCGGUCUCUUAUUGUGGCCGGAUGGAAUGUGGUAACAAGCAAGUACAAGCGUUCCAGCGGCAGGGUUAUAGUCCCUAAAUCAACCAGCAGGGGCAGUAGGGAUUCACGCAGACAUUUAUUAGGCUUUUUCUUCAAGCUUUAUAACGCUUCAGACACGAUCCUCUAUCACGCUCCUACCACACAGAGUCACGGUGUCAGUUAACCAUGCUAAUUCAACCCGCUCCACAGAACACACAUCACCUUCCCUGUGGCUUACAUAACACUCACACAACACGCAAAUCAGAACAUAGGAACUAGCAGAACGAUAGGAAACACAUAUAACACAAUACCCAGAAUGCACCUGGCUUACAACCCCAGCCAGGUCAUUACACUAUCAAGUUCAAAGAGAACGUGCUGAUUAUGCUGCAGAACACUCUGGAGAGCAGCAGUAGGGGGUGUAUGAACUACAGUAAUCCCUUGUUUAUUGCGGUAGAUGCGUUCCAGACCUGGCCGCGAUAGGUGAAAAUCCGCGAAGUAGGGACUCCCAGCAUGCCCCUCGCGGGGAUUCCCUUCACGUCGCACCUACGUCACAAACCGCGGCUAUAAACGGAAGUCGCCUUUACAGCUCAGUCAUCGUUUCUUCAGAUUCAUGAUCAGAGUUUCCAACCUACCGAUCAAUCCAACGAACUAUCAGCUCAUAGUAAGUUAUCUUACUUACUUCUGGAAAGCCCGGCAUUUCCGUGUCACUUCGUUGGCGCUCGAACGCUCGGGGGUUUCCUAGAGCAGCCGGCGUUUCACCGACGCUAUCACUUCCGCGUCUGUGAAACCACACUCCCUAUUGAAUUAUCGUAUGAUCACAUUCUCUGUGAUCAGCAAUGCGCUGUGCCAGACCGUAGGUACUGACACGCGAUCGUUCAUGUCGGUUCAUUUCCUUUGAUGUUUUCUGUCUUUUAUUUGCGCCUGAUGCGUUUCGCUGCAUGCUGUGGAGCGGGGCGGUGCGCGCAUCAACUUGUCCUCCAACGCACUGAUCACUGAUACGGCCGCCAAACAGCAAGCGCUCCGCUGUUUUUGCGGUCGGUAGAUAUUUUAGAACUGCAGUUCAAAGGUAACUCAUAAGGUGAAUAUAUAUGAACCCAGGCAGCAGUUUUUCUUUAGGAUUGAGAGGAGAUGCAGGAAGAUAAUAAACAGAAGGGACAGAAAAAUAGUCAAAUAAAAACAAGUUAGUUUUUGUACCUGCUGUUGCAACAUACAGACACCAUUGAAGGUCAUCAGAAGUGAGGAACAGAAAAUGAAAUAAUUAUUUUAAUGUUUAGAGCAGCAGGAACUCCGAGAGGCUGCAGGCGCAUCAGUGAGUUUGCGGCUGCUGCGCGGGGGGAGGGGGGAGAGGGCUGAAGCAGAAACUACCGUUGUUAAAAGAAAUGUGUUUAACUUUGAAAAUGUGGGCACACUUUUAAUUGUCAAAAACUCCAGCAAACCAUUAGUUCAUUUUGCUCAAAUAGAAAUAGAUGCCUGCCUCUAAUACUGGCCCUCCUUCCAAUAAAGGCCUGGAGCUUGAUGAGCUUGAGUCAAAUACAGGCCCGGGCCUGUAUUAGAGGAUUUACGGUAAUCUGUGAAUAGAAGUACAGCUUGACCCAGCUGGGGAAGUGUGACCUUUGGGUCACAAAUGAGGCCAUUCAUGUCGCUACAUAUAUAAUUCACAAACGCUUCUAUCUUUGAACAUAAUUUGAACUAGAUUAUUGCCAACCCAUACAUAAUAGAAAUGCCACCAUUACACUGUUCGCAGCAGAAAUUAAAUGUUAUUACCAUUUCCAGUACAAAUGCAUGUUAAUGAAAUGCAUUAUAUUUUACUGGAUAUAUUUAUGUGUUAUUUUGACUAAGAUGAGUGUUAUUAAUACAAACCUAAAAUGUUACUGAAAUGUAGGUCAAAUAUUAUAAAUAUCAGAUGGAAAAAAGGGAACUAAACACCAAUCUAAUGCAUAUUAUUGAGCCUUUUAUAAUAUUUUGCCUUUAAAAGGUGAGGCAGUUGAAGUGAGUAUGCAUGUGCUGGCGCAUGGUCAGGAUGGUAUCACCUCUGCCUCAAUUUGAGCCAGGAAAAACCCUGAUCAGACAUAUUCUGACAGCCUCAGAAGUCAGUGGCAUGUUGCAUCAUGAAAGACGAUAUUGAACCAAGUGACCGUGUAUGCUGUAAAUCCACUGAUAAAGCCCACUAAUAAAGCUGUAACCAUGGCAACUAUAAGUGAUCAUGAUUACUAACUUUUUUACCACUUUAACAAGCAUCAAAGUCUUUUAAAGACUUAUGUUCAUUUUCCUACUUGCCGUUAUGCCUAUCUUUGGUUUUUUAAAUGUAUUUUUUCCUCCUCCUCUUCUUUUUUUUUACCUUGACAACACACACACACACACACACACACACACACACACACACACACACACACACACACACACACACACACACACACACGUGUCUCCAUUCUGUGAAAACCAGCUGUGUACACAGUCAGUCUGACAGCAGCUCCAAGUCAGACUUUCAUAAGUUCCUCAAGGACACAAAAGUACUUUAAAAUGGUCAAUACGAAGAUGCAGCAAGUACAACGUUUAAAACACUAUUAGUAUUCAUGGUCACAUAGUCAUAAAAACACAUUUCAGGUCAUUUAGACCAGUACAAAGCAACCACACAAUUGCAUAAAGACACAUGCAUGGUGGACCGACGUCAUCAGCUCAUUAUUGUCCCUGAGCUGCUGAACAUUCUGCUGCUGCUUGGACAUUAAAGGUGAACUUGGACUUCAUUUGCAUUUCUAUUGAAGUUUAUAUGGGUUUUUUUUAUUCGGAGAGAAAUAAGAAUGUUUUUGGUGAUGGACCAUAAAUCUGUUUGUGAUCAAAGAAAGAACGUACUUUUGCAAAGCAGCAAUAAAAGCCAACAUCUCCUGAAGAAAGUCAUAUUUCUUUAAAAAUAUGAAUAAAAAUGGAAUACUGUUAAUUAACUAAAUUAAUUAAUUUUUUAUUAAAAUACAUGUAAAAAGACUAUAAUCUUUUACACAUGUAUAAAAGACUACAGUCCUCAUGACUGUUGUUGGAUGUUAAAUGUUCAGUGUUUUUGAUGAUGGAUGGAUGAAGUUAAAUUCACUCAGUGGGCUGAUUUGGUGAGCUUUUUGGAGUCUGAAUUGUUCCCAUAGAUACGAUGUAACCUGCUGCAUGAAUAAUGCAUUUGGAUGAAGUGUGUGCACUCAGGCGUGCAGAUGGAUGUGGGGUGACGUUGGGGAGGAGAAAGUCCCCUCACUAACUCUUUGACUUUAUGUGGGGCCCUCUUAAACAAGUACACACACACACACACACACACACACACACACACACACACACACAAUCACACACACACAUUACCACACUAAUACAGGCAGAGGCUCACACAUCCUCAUGGUAGAUGUAAUCUGGUGGUCAUUAUUGCAAACAAGGCUGUGUUGUGUUGCACCGACAAACAGUUCAGUCUCUCUGGAGUGCCUCUGGUUUAAAUUAUCACCACUGUUCAACGGAUCCAUAGACCUCAGUCUCUGUGGGGAAAAGGAAGGUCACAGGAAUAUUCACGCUGUGAGCGCAAAAGGUUAAGAAACAGAGCUAGUACAUUUUCGUGCCCGUUUUUGUUAAAGUCCGUUUUUUAGAACUAGCUGUUAAUGCUUUUAUGUUAUGUUUUAAACAUAAUUGCACUGUUUUUGUCUCUAAUCGGGGGAUAAAGUGAUAACCAAAGUUUAAUUACUUAGGCCACAAAGAUUCUUAAGGCAGAGAAACAUCCCUGAUAGUUAUAGACCAGAGCUGUCCAGCCCUGGAGGGGCGUUCCCGCUGGAAAUCGACAUGCCACAGAGCUCACAGGGGAAACACAUCUAUACCUUGCGCGCUGCUUACGCAUCCGGUGGAAAGCCUGGGAAAAUCAAACAGAUUAAAGUCAGGUGUGUUGAAGUAGAGAAACCUCUAACGUGUGCUGGAUCGGCGCCCUCAAGGACCAGGGUCGGACUUCUCUGUUGUAGAGUAUUAACAGAGUACAGCCACUGUCUUUCUACUCUAUUCUGUUCUUUAAUCCAUUGACAAUUUUGAGCGUAUAUUUGAUUAGAGAAUCCAAGCUGCAGUUGUUUUUGUCUCUUGGUGUCUUACCUCCUGUCAUCAGGACAUCAUUAGGAGGAGUGCCUUCAUGGGAGCAUUGUGAAACAUGUUUUAUGGUUUAGCAACACAUUCUGGAUUGUUGUUUGACUUUCGUCUCGUCAGACCACAUUCAGCUCUAAUAAGUCACUUUUGUCCGUGUUCUACUGGUGAAAGGCUAGCUAGGGGUAUAUGUACAUUUUAAAUGUACUUUUUUAUUGAACCAUAUUUUGCACUCUCAUCAUCAUCCAAAGGACUGGGUGAGAGGAGGAACAAAAAGCUGUUCUCUGUGAACACCAAAUGAAAAAUGAACCACUGGUUGCUCAAGUGCCUGAUCCUUUUUAAAUGCAUGCGUUCACAAUGUUGUAAAAUACGGUGAGAUUAACUUCACCUUCUUAACAUGAGUUACCUGUUUGUUUUGCUUCAGCAGGAUUAACGCAUGUUGAAAAUAAUGUUUUUAUUUUUGUUUGAAUUGAUUAUCGUUGUUAGUGGAUAUUCAGUCUAAGGUAACUUGAGGCAAAAAUCUUGUUUACAUUCAUUUUUCUGCAAACGGUUGCUGAUUUCUACUCUAAACUUGACUUACUGCCUCGUAAGACCAGCACUUCAUCCAGAGAUGGUGGUGGAUUUGGAAACGUCUAUCCUUCUCUCUGUAAAUGAUUAACGGUGGUUCUGGACUUUUAGCAUGUCUUAACCACAUGCUCACAUCAGCGAGUGCUCUCAGGUCUGUGUACCAUAAAUAACCAUGUCAGCACAAGAAUAACCAACCCAUUUAGUCCACCCUGCCUCUCUGUGUGCAGUAUGUGUGUCAGACCCGAAAAGGAAGAUUAGAUAGGAAGUGGGGCACCACAGCCUAGAAAAGAGCAAAGAGAGGUCUCAGGGGUAAUCUGUUUUAUUCUCUCUCCUCUCCUCCAUCUCUCUGGUCAUCUCAUGACACGCCUAAAUCCCCUCACUGGUGUCUUUCACUGGUCACAUUCUGAGCACAUCUUUGAGCGCACAUCAGAAAAAUCUCAUUUUACCUGUUUUAUUUCAUAAUUUUGUGUUUUUACUGAUUACAUUUUAAAUGUCAUCAUUUGUUUAAUGUUUGCUCAAGCAUUCCCUGUGUGUACAGUUGGGGUUUGCAUGUGUUGAUUUUGCUCAAAUACACAGUUUCUGUUUGGUUUUAUAAUGGGAAUUAUUUACGUUUUAAGAUCAGCAGGAGGGUUUUAGCCAUGACGAGUAAAGUUAGCAUAUGUGUAGCGAUAAGUUUUAUUGUCUGGAAAGGACAAAGAUACCAACCCUGUUCUCAUUGUGAACUUUCCCAUGAGAUAUACUCUGGGGUUUAUUUUGGUUGUGACUGACCGCUUAUUGAACCAGCCAUCUGCUUAUUGGCUGGAUUAACUCUGGCUCUAUGAAAACAUUAUGGAGCUACUUUCACACAUGAAUGAAUUGAGAAGGAUUAGAAGCUUUAUUCUAAAUGGGUAAAAAGGAAUUCACGCUAGCACAAGAUCACAAGCAAAACAGUGACAUGGCUUUAAAGUUUACAUUACCUGUGUAUUUUUUCACAAUAAAGAGUUGCUGUGUGUGCAAUAGAGCAGGGCCAAGUAGUUGGUGCAAACGAUUGGUCCUACGCAGAUUUUAUGGAAUGCAAAACAGGUAAAGAUGUUCCCUCUGCUGUCCUUUAUGAACUUUAGAAGUCUAGAUCUGUCAUAAUUAUUUUGAUUGCUUCCACCACUUUAAUGUCUGUUCUUUCCAGAAAAGUACAUUAUCAGUUCCAGUAUCUGCAUAACUAAACCCUCCUGAGGUACUUUAGCCACAACACAGGAUCGUAAAACAGUCACAUUCCACCUCAUCGCCUGCUUCUCUCUCUCUUCUCGUCUUUGCGUGACGGCUGUGUGUAACUGUAGUCUGGACUCGUCACACUACAGCAGGUGUGUGUGUGUGUGUGUGUGGGGAGAAGAGCUGACUUUCUGUCAGCAGCUACUGAUGAAUGAAGGGAUAAGGUUGGUUUUCAAGGAGGCCGGGCCACCCAGCUGAACAGAUUACCAUCUCACUCACACACGACCGGAGCAAACUCCUCUUCAUGAUAGGAAUAGUACCAAUGUUCAGUUUUCAGAGUUAAAAUCCCCUCAAAUUACAUAAUCUUUAAAUCCUUCUCAACCGGCGACUUAAUUUGUUGUCAAUUUCAAAAUAAGUGUCAUUUAAUACAGAAACAACCUGCCAGGCUGACAGAAAAGACUAAUGAAGUCAAUGAAAAGCCAGCCUGGAUCUGCGCUGUGUGGGUGGACCAAUCUGGACAUGCCAACUGCACAGCUAGAAUGCGGUGUUUGUGUGUGUCAUGCAUUUUCUUUUCUGCUAACAACUAAACUGAAAAAGCAGUAUAAAAGUAGCCUGGCAUCAUGUCCUAUAUAUGACUAUAUAGUCUGGCCAUGACCCAUAGAAAGAGCUCAGUCGUGGGACGGAAUCUACAGUUGUCUUUCAAACUGUCUCCACGUGAUAUUGCACAACAAACCAUGCGACAUACUCACUGCUACGUUUUUCAGUCUACCGUAUGUUGUCAAAGAAGAUGCAAAUACAUCAUUUUUUCCAAAUAAACUUAAGUACCUCUAUCUGCUUUUGACUCAAUAAAAAUUCUAAGUCUAAAUAGUGAAAAGCUGAUGCCAAAGCCAAAGGUGCCGUCGCCAUCUUUGUUUUUUCACCCUGUGGCAGCAACAUCCAUCUUCACCAAACCGAUGGAGUGCUGCGAUUGGCAAGACACAAAACUGCUCAGGCCGAUGGCAGACCUGCUGAGGCUACGAUGUAUUGUGGCAAGACCGACCGGUGUCGGUACAAGAUCUGCUCGGGUGCAAGAUCGGCUCGGGUCGGUCGACUGCCGAUGACGUCUAAGUAGUUGAUUGGCUGAACAUGAACCUUACGGAAUUACGUAAUCACGUAACGUUAUCACGUGACGUUGGUCCAGGCAAAUUUUUUCUAUUGGAAAGAUGGACAACUUUUACAAAGAAAUCCAUCAUUACCUCUUUGAAAAUACACUUUUAGCAUAGAGCUGCAAGUAUAUUAGGGCUGAACGAUUAACUGCAUGUGCAAUUAAAUUGCGAUGUGACAAAAGGAGAUUUUCUAAUCGCAAAGGCUGCAAUUUGGCAGCGAGUGGUUAGGGCAAUGCUAAUAUACAUGGAAAAACCCAUAGGAAUGCUAAUGCUAAUAUCGCCGAUUACAUUAUUACAAAUUAUGAAUUAGAAACGUGCCAAAUGAUUACAUUUGGAGUCUAAUAGAAAGUAAAACUACCAUCAAUCAAAUAAGUACAGACAGGUAUUUUAGUAAAGCCAGAAAACUGUUAACUCCAGAGCUUUGGCUAGCAGCUAUGAGCGUAACUGAACUACGCAUGGACAAGACGUCAAAAACUCAACACAAAUACUUCAAUAAAUGGGACACACUUCUUUCCUGCAAAUACAAUUUCACAGGUGUUGCUAAUACCUAUGAUCCUUCAAGGGAUGUGCUCAAAGAGGAGUUCAACAUGAAUCAAAUAUAGUGUUUUAUUUUACAAAUACUAUUAUAAAUACAAACUUACGUCUUAAGAAACAUUAUUUUAAUAAUGAAACUGCUAAAUUCUUUCCAACAGUAUAGAUGUGUAGUGUAUUUUGUCCGAGUGGGUUUGCCGUACUUUGACGUCAUCGGCAGUCGAAGGACCCCGAGCCGAUCUUGCACCCGAGCAGAUACUGUACCGACACCGCAUAGCAAAACCUUUUUGCUACUGCAGCAGUCUGUCUGUAUUUCUAGGCUAGCAUACAUAGUGAUGCACUGGGACUUUCGACUGAUUUUCCUAACUGAAUUUUUGCAUUCCUCAACAAGGCACCUUGCACUUAACUUCAAAUGAAUGCUUUAAUAAUUUUUUUCAUUAUUUUUGAUUCAUUAGAUUAAAAUUGUGUUGUUGAAAUUGACAGUAAAAAGAAAGACAUUUUAUUGGCAUUAAUGAGAACAAAUUUUAUGUGGCUUGGAUUUAUGCAGUUUACUUGGCUGUAAUAUUUGCUCUUUGACCCUUUGCACGUGACUAUGCAUGGGAAUGCCUCUUUCACCAUGCUAAAUGUGAAAGGAACUGUUUACACUCAUUAAAACUGUCCCAAACAAGCUCGUUUUUAGCCUUAUAUCACUUUGAUUGGGUUUACUGUUAAAUGGCAAAAGCUAGUUUUGCAGUAGGCUGCGCUAACAAACAAGGGUGUAACCCAACUUGACUUUAUACUGAAACUCCUUGUUAUGUCCUUUCUGUGUUUCUUUUCCAUUUCCAUUGGUUUGAUGUUCUUAUCUAACAGAGUAGCAAAGUUUUUACCUUAUGCUCAACACACAGAAAAUGGAACACAGAAAGAAAUUGUCACGUUGUGCGGAAGUUUAGGACCCAAAUAUGCAGAUUACCCAGGAUGACUCGAGUCAGUCAGGAGUUGGUAAAAGUAAAAAUCCUUUUAUGUAGGAAUGUAGUGAUGGGUCCAGCCACACAGGCACACCGGCGCAUGUGUCAAGCUCAUGGAGAGAAACCUGUGUCGAUGCGUGUGUUGCUUUAAGAAAAAGUCACGUGACCAACACUGCUGCUGUGUCGCUCAUUGCCAAGGCGCCAAACUGUGUUUAUAAGGUAUCGACUCUGCAUCUGUCAGCGGGAUGAGUCGCCGUGAAAAAAUUACCAUUUCAAAGAUAAAACAGACAUUCCUCUUUACAUCAAGAAAAUGGAGCCAGAGAGAAAAAGAAAAGUUUCUGCUGUGUGGGAUCAUUUUGAUCUUUUAACUGCAAAUAAGGUACGUGUUUGUCUUUCCUUGUUUCUGCGCAUCUGUCAGAGUUGAAAACAGCAAUGUGACUGACUCUGUGUAAAUUAUUUAUUUAAUUUUAUUUGGGUUAAAUGUCGGAUCUGCUCAGCGGAGUUGUCUUAUACAAAUAAGAGCACUUCCUCAAUGCUGAGACAUUACAGUCAAGCAUGAAAAAGAAGAGGAAGCAAAGAACGAACACAGGUAGACCUAUAUAGACACUGGACGUGCUUUGUCACAGUUGUUUUACUAAUAUAUGUUUUAUUAUUUUGAAAUCUAGAAUCUAGGAAGAUUGCUCUGGACCAAGCAGUCCUGAAUUUUAUUAUAAAGGACCGCCAACCCCUGAGCAUUGUGAAGCUUGACGGGUUCAGGGGGUUGAUUCAGAUCCUUGGUCCAUCUUACGUUUUGCCAACCAGAAAGGUUUGUAUACACAAUGUCUCAGAUAGCUGCUGUUACUCAUGUAAUACAUACAGUGCUUAACAGAUGUUUUAGACCAUCGUCUGAUUUAAGGUUUAUGACACAGCAAACAAAAAUAAACACUUGUUGUGAUUCAAAUAUCAUGCAUGCUUGAAUAAUUUCCGUCCAGUGUGUCAGCUCACAUUUGGGUAUAAAACUGGAUUCAGUUUUAAAUUCCUACCUUCUAUUCAACAGGGCAAAACACAGAGAACUUCAUAGCUGGAUGUUUUUCUUGCUUUAAUGACAGGUGGUCUAAUUAAUGUGUUAAGUACUAAACUGAUUUGAUUUUGAUUCAUUUUCAGACGGUUAAGGAAAUAAUGGCCAAAAGCAUGCGGAGGAACUCGAACGAGUAAAAAGGGAAGUACAGCAAGCUGUGGCAGUGAGUAUAACAGCUGACAUGUGGACCUCCUUGAACAUGGAGGCUUACUUAGCUCUUACUCACUACAUCAAUGAUAAUAUGCAGUUGUGUACAUCUGUGUUGGGAGUCAAACACUUUCCACAAAGUCACACUGCUGACAAUCUGGCCCAAGUCAAAAGGGGCAUGAUGGAUGACAGCGCCAUAACAAAUAAGGUAAGGUGUCUUGUGACCGACGCAGCACCAAACAUGAUAGCAGCAACACAAACUCUUCAAAUUCGACAUUCAAUCUGCAUUGCACACAAACUAAAUUUAAUAGUCAAAAAAUCCUGUGAUCAGAUCCCUGAACUUUCAUCCAUAAGACACAAAUCUAGGCAAAUUGUAUCAUUCUUCAGAUCCAGCACCACAACAAAAGAGAAGCUUGCUCAAGUGCAGCAACAGAUGGGACGGCCCACCUUGAAACUUGUCAAUGAGGUACUAGCACGUUGGAACAGCACA